AUCCUUCGCGUCCAUUUCCCCAAGGUCACAGACAGGGCAUUGGAGUAGGUUUGCGGUUCGGAGCAAGUGCCGUAUUUUGUCCGUGUGCUCAUUCGAGGAUCUUAAUUCAGCCUGCAACCAUGAAAAUAUCUGUAUUUCUCCCGACAGUGACACUACUGUUGAUGUUCCUGAUUGAGGAAGGACUGGGUCUUCAAUGCCAUGUAUGCAAUUCAUUCUUGUCGGAAAGUUGUGCCGGGGCGCUGACAAUGGAAUCAGACACCUUAACCACUUGUACCAAUGGAACUGCAUGUCGUAAAAUUGAACAAGAAGUGUACUAUGAUGAACAGUAUGAUACCCGUAUCAUCCGUCAAUGUGGCUACGAGGAAAACCCACCCUUGACCUGUAUCUCUCGUAGCGGAACCUAUCGCUACAAAGUGCAGUACUGUCACUGUAAUGAGGAUGGCUGCAACAGCGCUGUUACUUCGACCAUAUCUGUGACCAUGUUGUUUCUUGCUCUUGGACUCGCACAUUUUGCUAUGAAGCAUUUAUGAGUGACAGACAAUUAACCAGGUUUCUUUCUUCCUGAAUUACCAAACUCUCUUCAAUAUGUGAACAGAAGUCUUUUUCUAUGCACUUUGUUUCACAAUGGCUUCAGAUUGGCAUCAGAAAUAUUUUCAAGUGAUAUUUGGAUUUGUUAAGUGUAAGGUCCAUUUAUGUAUUAGACAAGAGACCAGAAACUGCGUAUGGGCUACAAAAAGAAAACAAUUGUUCCAAAUUUCAAUGUUGGUAAAAGAUGUAAAUGUUUCAGAGUCAGUUUCUCCUUAAAAUAUUGAAGACCGUAUUCUGAUUGGUCCUGAAAAGUGGCAUUAUUCAGAAUUGCCUUUGGUGUCAUUUAUAGAUGAAUCAAACAUAUUUAGUACUUUUAUGACACUGUUUAAUCAUUAUAUUGAACUCAUUCUUUAGAAAAUCACCUAAAAGAAUUGUCGUUCUUUUGAGCAAUUAAGUCCAUCCACCAUUAUGAUUUUGAUAUCAUCCUAGAUUGUUUCUAAACUGUUGCUGUAUUUUCAGUUGCAAGAUGUUGCCCUCAUGGGUGGUUGGAGGAUUUUGUUAACAGUGUAGAAACAAAAUAGGCUGCAUGUGACCCGAGAAUUGUAUGCUAGAAAAUGAAGUUUUUAUGUUACUUUGAAUAUUCAGUGAAUGCAUAUCUUGCAUUGUAAUUUCCAUUGUUUGUGCGAAUGAAACAGGCAGUGCCUGGAUGUGAUGUGUUGUACAUGUUUCACAUUCCCCGAGAGGAAAUACCGACCAGUUAAACGGCUUCAGUCUGUCAUAAUGAAUCGAAAUUUGUCAAAUGUAAUGAAUGGUUUGUUGCAUUCGAAGACCUUUUUCUUGAGAAUUUCUGUUUGAUUUUCUAGAUACGUUAAAAGUAAAUCAAGAUGUAAGAAAAUACUGUUCCAUAAAUUGUUUGACGUAAUGGUCUCUCAUUAAAAUGAAAAAGCAUUUAGUUAAUACUCAAACUGUUCAUCAGCACAAACUGUAUACUGCAACAUUGAAUACUACGUUAUCACAGUGUGUUGAAUUAUGGAAAGGAUGAGAUUUUAUUUUCUUCAUAUCAUGUAAAUAUUUGUCUAUUGUUAGAACGUUUGCUAGGGUAUCGACAGUGAUUGUAAUCCAGACAUGUGAUAAUGCUUGAAUAUUAUCAUUUAACCAAGAUGUUUUUGCACUGUGAUUUGAAAGAAUUUACAUGUAUUUUACCAUUUGUCACAAUCAGACUUCUCACAGAACCACCAGUAUGAUUCCUAAUAAGUACCAAGCAUUUAAUUUUGGUGUGUAUAAGUGUAUAGGUAUGUGAAAAUGCUCAUGUUGUUCGUACACCACGGUCCAUAUUACGAUUUAUUCCUAAGAAAGAUGUUUAUACUUUUCAGUUAUUUAAUACACUUUGAAAUGAAUAGUGUCGGACCUAGCAUGUUAUCAUUAGAACAUGCUUAUAAUGGACUUGAAAUGCUGUUUUGUACCAGGUUUUAAGGGCCGUUCCUCUGUAAUAUAUUGUUACUUUUCUCAAAGAGUUUAUGUAGUUUAUUUUCAUGUUGGAGAUUUAUUCGCUAUCCUAAAUGUUACAUAUAGUCGCUUCUUCAUUUGAAAAAUAGUGCCAUUUGUAGCAAUAUAUAUAUAUUUGAAAUAGACAGUUUUGUAUGGAAGUUAAUUUCAAAAUAUAUAGUGUGAGUAGACACUGGAGAACUCAUUAUCCUGAAACUAAUUGUAGCAUUUGGACGGCCAGUUUUAACAGAAAAAAAUGAAUGUUUUUUCCUCACCAGCUUCUGGGGAUCUCCUCAUCACGUUAUUUACUUCACCAUGUUGUAGGGAAGCCACCAGCUCAUUCUCUACCACACAGUGCAUGCUUUAGGGAGGUCAAAUUUGACCUGAAAUUAAAAGACUGGCAAGUAAUAAUAAUGUACACAAGUAUGGACUCCAGUCGACAGUUUCAGGUAAUUUCAGGUCAAUUUUGACAAUUUGAAGAUUUGGAGGACAAUCAGUCUUUUGUAACGUAUGAAAUAUGGUCAUAAUAUUGUAUAUAGAUAUUCCUGAGCUUACGUAGGGGUAUGUAUUCAGAUUUUUAGCCUGUAUUUCAAGUAAAUUUGAAAUCUUUUCAGCAAGGUUUAAUUUUAAUUGCUUACUGUAAUUGAUUUUAUCCUGUGAUCAUCUGGUAUGGAAUGAGCUGGUAUAGUUCAAUAGAAUACAAGAGGGCCUUUUAUUGAGGCUGGUAUGAACUUGUGUUCUGUGUGAAUGUUCAUGUAUUUUUUUUCAAAUAAACAGAUGAUAGUGAGAA